GCCUUUAUAAGGCACAACAUUCGAUAAAUCGAUAUUUAAAAAUGAAACGCCGUUACUAAAAAACAAAAACUAAUUUGUAAAAAGAGAGUGGCGCAGGCGCAGCAUUUUAUUUGAUCGAGUCGUGAAGUCAGUCUCUCGUUGCAGGCCGUGAUAGAUCGCUGUGUCACAUUCAUGCCAACAGUCAAGUGCGUGUAAAUAACUGAGCAUAGUGUUUGACCAAGUUGAAUGUAUACAAAUAUCACACAAAAUGGAAAUGCGGGAACAAAAUACAGAUGAUAAUAAAAAGAUUACCACAACGGAGGAAAAAGAUGUAAUUCUCAGGAUAACCGGAUCAUUUGGCAAAUAUCAGUUGUGGCUGUGUAUUUUAAUAUUUAUAAAUAAAUUUCCUGUUGCAUUCCAUCAAAUGGCCAUUAUAUUUUUAUCUCCAAAGGUGUCAUAUAUUUGCACCGAUACAAAUACGAAUAACACAUGCCCUUGUUUGAACCCAUCUUACGAUAAAACUAUCUUCUCGACUACGAUGGUAUCUGAUUUUGAUUUAAUAUGCAGCAAAAAAUGGUUGACGAGUUUUGCACAAACUUUGUUUCAACUGGGCACAUUAAUUGGCAGUGUCCUUUUUGGAAUGGCUGGCGACAGGUUUGGAAGAAGAAUACCCUUAUUAGUAGCUGUGGUACUGCAAGUGACGAUGGGUAUAGCGGCCGCUUUUAUGCCCGAAUAUUGGAGUUUCACAUUAGUCCGUUUCUUAAUUGGUGCAUCUGUUGGGGGAACAAUGGUGAUAGGUUUCGUCGUUGUUAUGGAGUUUGUAGGUACAAAAUACCGAGACGUAGUUUCAGCUCUCUAUCAAGUCCCUUUCAAUAUGGGUCAUAUGUUGCUGCCAGUUUUUAGCUAUUUUUUUAGAGAUUUUAGACACUUUCAACUUUCUAUAUCAAUCCCAACAAUACUCCUGUUAUGUUACUUCUUUCUCUUACCGAAUUCACCAAGAUGGUUAAUAGCCGUAAAGAGAACUGAAGAGUCUAUCCAUAUCUUGGAACGAGUUGCAAAAGUAAACGGUCGACCAACUGAACAAAUAAGAACCGAGGUGGAAAAUCACCAGAAAGCGAUAGAGAAGACACAACUGAAAAAAGGAACUCUCAUUGAUCUAGUCAGAACACCAAACCUUAGGAAGAAUAUAAUGGCAAUGUCAUUUAACUGGUUAACUUGCAGUUAUUGCUUUUACGGUGUUUCGCAAUACGUGGGCCAGCUGAGUGGUAACAUUUUCUUGAAUGUGGCCGCUAGUGCUAGCGUAACACUCCUUGGCACUCUACUUUCAAUACCACUCUUAAAACUAUUUGGCAGACGAACUCUAGUCAUAACUUUCAACUUUAUUUGUGCUUGUUGUUUGUUAAUUCUCCCUAUGUUAUCUGGAGGUAUAGGCACUGUUAUUUGUGCGAGUAUUGGUGUUGUCGCCAGCUUUAUAGUUUUUGUUGUUGUAUAUUUAUACUGUACGGAAUUGUUUCCGACAGUAGUUCGUAAUGCUGCUGUUGGAUUCUCAUCUAUGAUGGCUAGAGUGGGGUCUAUGAUAGCUCCUUUUGUUAUUAGCUUAGGAGACGUUGCCGUUUGGCUACCACCACUUGUAUUUGCCAUUUUACCACUUAUAGCUGGUUUUACAACGUUUUUAUUGCCCGAAACAAAAAAUUGUGAGUUAAUGAAUACACUAGAAGAAGGCGAAAAUUUUGGGAAAAAAUCCACAAGUGACAAGUCAAUACGUAUUUAAUAGCAUAUAUCCUUAAAUCUUUAAUAAAUAAAUAGAAAAAAUAAUAAUAAAGAAAUAAUUUUUAUGCUCUGUAAAAGUUCCGAGCUCGAAUUUUGAGUUCUGAAUGAAAUGUAUGAAUUUCAAAUACUGAAUGUGAGAAUUUGGAUUCCGCAAAUCUAAUUCCCAUAUUCUCUCCAAAAUCAGAUAUAAUUAUAAGAAUACGCAGUUAAAAGCUAUUUUAAUGGCAGGAAGAGUAAUGCGACAAACCCAUUUUUAAAUGAUUAUGUAGUCUCAUAACCGCGUAUACGUAUAGGUAAUGAUCUUCUAAAUGGCAGCGAAGUCUGUAGACGGCGCAGAUAAUGGACAAUCCUUGGAAUACAUUUAUGUCCAUUACAGGACAUUGAAUUAUACUCGUAUAAAUAAUAAGAAGCCGAAAAUUUUAUAUUCCAAGAAUAAAUGUAAAUAGUACGCAUCGUCUCAGCUAGUUGAAGGCAGACAUUGAAGAAUUUGAAGAAAGAAUUGUUAUUAAAAUAUUUAAAAGGUCAUUGUGUGGUUAUAGAACUGGAUCCGAGACAAUAAGUAUCUUAUUAGCAGGCAGCUCCGCUAUUUCAAUGAUAUUCGUUGAAAUUAUGAAACCAUAAAUUUGUACUUGAUAGUACAAUUUUAUAAACUUAUUUGUAAUAGACUAAUCACCAAAAUCAUAUAUGUAUAAUAAUAAAGAUUUUGAUUUACAAAAAGAAGAUGGUUGUCUCUUAAUUAUUAUGACAGUAACUUGUAAUUUGAUUCAAUAGAAGUUUAUUAUAAUGUGAAUAAAUGUAUAAUUGACUAGUUUGGUGAUUUUCAAUAAUGGCACAAAUAAAAAAUCUUCUAAUUAAUUGAACGUUUUGAUUUGUUAAUAAUUUAAUUUAGCAAGUAGAUAUCUCUGUGAUAAUUUUAACAUGAUGAAAAAUAAUAAAUAAUAUACUUCAUUAUUGAUUUAUCAUGAAAAUGUAUUAUAGGAUAAUAAAAAAUAUUUAUUCGCUC